UUCUGUCCGUUCAGCUGGCUGAUGGCUGGAACAAACCGGGACAUUAUUCUCUAUUAACACAGAGGCCGAAGCUUCAACGUUUGAUAUAUUGAGCGGUUUAAUGGUUAAAGAUGGAUUACCUCGUUUGGACUAUUUUUAAAUGCGUAACAGCUGUCAAAAUGUUAGGUUAAGAGCGCGCAAGUCUGGAGGAAUACUUUGGGUGUCCGUGUCUUGAGAAUAAAACGUUCACAAGACUGAAGAGUUUCUGGAUUUGAUCAUCCAGAUCACCUUCAUUUAGUAAAACGCCUUCUUUUUUCCAGUCAGACACAGUCCUCCAUCAGGGGUAUGAGUGCAGAGGAGCAGGACCGGUUGCGCUCUCUCUUUCACGUCUACGACGUCGACAACUCCGGGCGUAUCGAGAGAAACGAGUUCCUCACCCUCUGUGCGGAACUGCAGGUGUCCGUGGCCGAGGCGGACCGGAUAUUUAACCGACUGGACGUCGAUAACGACGGUACCAUCACACUGGUGGAGUUCAUCAGUGGCUUCCGCCACGGUGAGGUCAUGGACUCGUACGGAGGAGACGUGUCCACCGCCUGGGAGAACUUCGAGAGGAGGCUGGGGGAGCAGGCCAAGUUCAUCCCCAGGAAUGAAGAAGCAGCUAUGUUGCACCAGAACAUCAGUCUGACUGAGCCCAGACUGAUAAAUCAGUUUGAGAAAGUCGUCACAAACUUCACCAAAGAGAUCAAACAGCAGAACACAGAGAUGGAAAACCUGGCCCUCGCCAUCAAACGAGUGCAGGACCAAGCAUCAAUGCAGCUCAGUGAAAUGGAUGAUGAGAUUGACCAACGCAUUCAUGCUGCUGAGAGAAAAGCCAGAGAGCAGGAGAGGAAGCAAACAGAGGCCGAACUGAGUGAGUUACGGAGAAGUUAUGAAACUGAAAUGUGUGAGCUGCAGUGUAAAAUCCAGAGGAUGCAGAUGAUAGAAGAGAAGUACAAGAACAUCACUGGGAAAGACGAGAGCUUGGCUCUGAAGAAAAAGAUCAAUGCACUAACACUGGAGAACCAGCGGUUAAAACAGGACCUGAUGAAGUCUCAGACCGAAGUUGCCUGUCUGCGCAGUGAGAUUGACUCGCUAAAGACGGAGCUAACCGAUCAAAGCAUCAGCUCGGAACGAGACGAGGAGUUUAUGAAACACUUUUCUGAUGAGCGAGAAGUCCUGGAGAGACAGAUUGAGAUUCUGCAGACAGCCAACAGGAAGCUGCAUGACAGCAACGAUGGACUGAGAUCUGCCUUGGAGAGGACCUCAAAGUCUAGUACCGGUGGAUCACCAGGAGACAUAAAGAGAAGCAGAAGUAAAAGCAUCUGCUACACAUCACCCUAUGCACUAAUGGACAGGUUCGGCCAACACAUGGAUGAUUUCCCUCUGUACAGCCGCCGACCCAGUUGUGACACUCUGGCCUUGGCCAUGUGUGACCCAGGCCUGAGACGAAGACACAGCAGCGAGUGCGAGGAGGACAGUCUGCCUGAGAUCUACGUGGACAGCGGCCUGUCAACACUCAGAGGCUCACACAGAGGCUACGACCCAGAACAGGAGAUCAAAGGUCAAGAAGAAGAGGAAGAGAAGGAGAAGAAAGGGGAGGAUGACAACAACGAUAGUUUGAUGGGGGGAAACUCUGACAAUGAACCAGCAGAGACUCCGGACAGUGAAUCAGCAUUUGGGUCGGACAGCAGCUCAGUUUUGGACUGGAAGCCAUCUGAACCCAUUAGUGUGACCAAACCCUCAGCCCCAACUACUCGGAAAGCCCUCAGCGCCAUCAGUGUGCAGAAGGAGGACCAGAACAGCACAGAGCUGGGCUACAUGAUAUCCGACAAGGCCUACAGGAUCGUAUUGGCUGGAGAUGCUGCUGUGGGAAAGUCCAGCUUCCUGCUUCGCCUCUGCAAGAACGAAUUCAAAUUAAACUCCAGCGCUACACUGGGAGUGGAUUUCCAGAUGAAGACACUAAUCGUAGAUGGAGAGCCCGUUUCACUACAACUAUGGGACACUGCAGGACAAGAGAGGUUCCGCAGCAUUGCUAAGUCUUAUUUCCGCCGGGCGGACGGUGUUUUGCUGCUGUAUGAUGUCACCUGUGAGAAGAGCUUUCUUAAUGUUCGAGAGUGGGUGGACAUGAUCGAGCAGGAUGGGUCCCAGGAGGAUAUUCCCAUCAUGCUCGUCGGUAAUAAGUGUGAUCUUAGACCAGAUAGAGCUAGCUGUGUUCCUACCAGCUAUGGAGAGAAACUGGCCAUGACAUACAACACUCUAUUCUGUGAAACUAGUGCCAAAGAUGGCUCCAACAUCCUGGAGGCUGUCCUGCACCUGGCCAAGCAGGUAACAAAGCAGGCUGCUUUCGAUGAGAAAAGUCACUAUCAGUCGCUGCCCAACUUAGAUGCUCCCAGGAAGAAACCAAACUCCUCCUGCUGCACCUGAUCAAACUCAACAGAGCUGGACCUCAUCAUAGAAAAGGACUACGAAUGCAGAAACCACAAAAUAAGACAUAAUCUCUGCAGAAGUAUGGUAACAGGAACAAAUCAUUGUUGUAAAUAACCAAAACAAUUUAACAUAUGGAUUAAGUGAGCAAACAAAUCAUGGGAUCACAGCAGAAUCCCCACUACUCUCUUUUUUCAAUUCAAGGUUAUUUGAACAUAAUGACUAUCAAGUAUUUCAGCCACAUCGUUUUAUUUUAUGAAUAUUUAAAUCAGUGUAAACUUCUUGCCAUGUGAAACAUAUGUUAAUUUUGUAUUAAGCUUUUACACAUAUUUAAGUAACAUUUGCACAGUUUGCCCAGGCUGGCACUGCCAUGUUGUAAAUAAACUCCGAGCUAAACGUGGGAAGAGAAAGACAGCUGUGAAAGUGAAGUAAAAUGUCAAAAGGAUUUGAAUGUAAAACCAAGUAUGUGCACAUGUUUUUAACGUGACAUUAGUAUGUGACGCUUACAAAUACCUGUAUGUGAUAGAGGAAAGAUGUCAGCUUUUUGUAAUGGUGAGGAAAUAAGAAAAAUAAGAAUAGAUUGUUAUCUGGUUAUGUGGCACCUACCUAAUCAAAUAAAACAGCCUCAAUCCACUGUAUCAGGUGCUGAAAGGAAACACAAGUGUGUUGAUGGCGGAUGUCAAACUUUGAAUUGUAUUGAUGGCCGACAUUGAGACUAUAAGAAUUGUGGGAGAACUCAAAGCAAGACCUCCGUCGUCAUUCAUUAACGAUGAACCCUGGUGCAAUGUGUGCUUGUAUGAGAUUUCACUCUAAUGUCACAACCCACCGUCUGUAUAAUAUUACCCCGCAGUGUUACAAAUCCUUUUCAUUUGACUUCCCACUGGGGAUGACUGUCUGUUAUAGAAGUGAUAUGUUUGGAACUGAACGUAUAACACAUCAUGAAUGCUUUAAAUAACUAAUGUUAUUUUAUUUUCUGGUAUGAGUUAAGAAAAAAAAGAGAGGUGGCAGGAUUUUUUAUUUUUAUUUGUAUUCCUCAGAUGCAUGACUGUUAUUCUGUUUAAUUAUGUACAUUUAAUUUUAGCAGUAGAGUAUAUCUUAUUAAUUGUUAAUAAUCAUACAUCAUUGAAGGGUAGUGUAUAAAGAUGUCAAUAAACUGAAACUCAAGCUCGAGAACCAAUGGAUAUCUAAAUGUGCAUGUAGUAGAACAUGCUCAGCUAUUUAUUUCUACACAGAUUCAACUUCUUUUUGAAUAAAUGUCAUAAAAAAGAAACUGUGAAGUCA